CACUAACUCGAAAGCAGCUAAACGCACAACACCCUUCGCAACACUAAGGGUUAUUCAGUGCCACUUGAAAAAACAAAAAUGAAGGCAGUAACCGUGGUCCUUGUUGUUGCCUGCGCGCUGUGGGAAGUCACGGGAUACCCAUUCCCCUAUUAUGGAGCUAAUGUGGAUUCUUAUUCAUAUGGUUCUGUAGACAGAAACCGUGGAGCUAUGGUCCUGAGCCGAUACUACAACCCUUACUACAACCCUCGGGCUAUCGGUGGUAGUAUGGCAGCCUUCAUGUUCAAACCAGAAGAGCAAUACACCCCACAAACGAGCCAAUACUACGUGCCAGACAGACGCCGCCAGACCGUAGAAGAAAACUACGUGCCACAACAAAACGAAGUGUAUUAUCAAACUCCGGAACAACCCGCCGUUCCCGAACAAUCUUAUGUUCCCGAACAAUCAUUUGUUCCUGCAGAACAACCCGCCGAACUACCCGCCAUUACAGAAGCCACAGAAAUCGCGGACCCAACCGAAAAGAUCGAAUCCCCAACAACAGUGAAAGCUGUGUCAGUCCCAGAAAUAACAGAACCUGAAGUUGAAGAAGUUGCAGAGCCCGCUCCUGUACCAAGGAAGCGUGUGACCAAGAAGAAGCAAGUGAAGAGGCCCGUCGAUGAGGAAGAAGAAGAAGGCGAUGACUACCCCAGAAUCCCAAGUGGUGCAUACUUCCCCAUGUUCUUCGGCUACGGUGGCAGAGGUGCCCAAGGCGCUCCCCAAGGAGCGACAGCGAUCGCUAACGCCUUCAGCACUGGUCGCGGCGGCGUUGCUACCAGCCAUGCUACAGCUUAUGGAACCAGACCCGAAAAUAAACAGAGUCAAUAUUAAUAUACUAAAGAUAAAAUAGAGCCUUUGAAAGCAAACCUUCGACGUAGUGUGUAAAAGUGACAUCUAGUGGAAAUCGUAUACAAUAUUUGCAAUAUCUGCAGAAUUGCAAAUAAUGGUUUGAGUCCGAGUAUAAAAUUACGACGAUCAAAAACAGAUGGCGCACAAAACAAAGAGCUUAUCAAAGGAAUAAUAUAUUGUUCUAUAUCCAUGCAGAAACGUUUUAAUUUGUUAUAUAUAAUUAAAUAAGCAAUUGUAGAUCAACUUGUGACGUAAAAAUUGCCAGAAAUUUAGUUAAGUUUUUGUAAAACUUUAAGUGUAAAACGUUGAAUAAAUUGCCAUUAAAUCUGUA